AGAGAUUGCAUACUCUUAACUUGGCAUUUCUCAUGAGAAAGAGAGAUAUUGGAUCCCUUGUGUCUAACUUCAAAGAUGGAGAUAGAUAGAGAGAGAGAGAGAGAGAGAGAGUGCAUUCUCUCAUGACGUCCAAAAAUUUCUCAUAAGAGAGAGAGGCGUGUGCAUUCUCUUUACUUCUUAUUUUCUUACUAAAGUAUUUAUAGUUUAUACUCGCAGUAACAUCUGUAGUCAGAUACUUUUUCAAUGGCGUGAAAUCGCAUUGAUUCAAUCAAAUACUGGAACACCCCAUUUUCUCUCUUUGAAAAGAAGCCUAACCCACAACAAACACUGUCAUGGAUUCCUUGCUAGCCAGCUACGCUUCCUCCUCAGACGAAGAAGAAGAAAAACCAGAAGAAGAUCUCCCCUCCUCUAAAACCGCCUCCAGAUUUAGCGAAGAAGCCCCUUCCUCUAAACCCACCUCCAAUAUUCUCUCUCUUCCCCCUACCACCUCCAAAUUUGGUCCCCUUUCUCUCUCUUCUUCUGAACCCACCUCUAUCUUUUCCUCUCUCCCUCCCCCCAAAUCUAAUGCGGUGGAAUCAGACGUUCUCUCUAGACCCACCUCUGAAUCUAGUUCCCUUUCUCUGUCUAAUGCUAAGCCCACCUCCAGUUUCUCCUCCCUCUUCUCCUCUCUCCCUCCUCCCAAGUUUGAUGCAGACAAAGACGGUGCUCCAUCCACUUCCAGAAAUGGCCCCUUUUCUCUUUCUUCCAGUAAAACCUCCUCCGAUUCUACCCCUAAAUCCUCCUCUCUCUUCUCCUCUCUCCCUACUGCGAAAUUCAACGAUCCCUCUUUUUCCUCUUUCCCCAAAAAAGUCGUCCUGUUUACGCCUCCUUCUCCUUUCACUUCCCCUCCCUUAAAAACCCUAAAACAUGAUGGUACCAAGCAUGAAGGAGAAGAUGAUGAAGAAGACGACCUCAAAAAACCCUCUAAAUCCAGGACAAAAUCACCCCCCAAAACCCACUCUUCAGGAAUUACUUCUUUUCUCCCCCCACCAAAAAAUACCCUGGGGUUAGCGCCAUUGGGAAACAGUACUCAGAGAAGAUCUAUGAUAGAAACUGAAGCUCCUGCACCUGAUAAGAAUGCAACCAAUGUGGGUCUUUCAUCAGAUAAUAGUACAACCAAUAUGGGUUUUUCAUCAGAUAAUAGCACAACCAAUAUGGGUUUUUCAUCAGAGAGCUUGAAUUAUGCCUCAGAGGCUUAUGGUUCUCAAGAAACUGGUUACCCUAAUUGGGUUUCUUAUGAACAAGGUUCAGAGUAUAGUAGUGGUGAAUAUUAUGCAGGGAAUUAUGAGAAUUAUAGAAAUAAUGGUUCUGGGGUGGCAAAUUGGGCUGAUAACCAGCCUGAGUCUCUGGUUGAGAAUGUAAGUAAAUUAGAGAGAAAGAGGGGGAGGAAUGAGAUUCCCUUGAAUGUGAUUGAAGUGAAGCAAGAUCAGUUGAUUAGUAAAAGGCCAAGAGAGGACCAGGUCAAUCUAACUGGGAUUGCUUUUGGACCAGCUUAUCAGCCUGCUCCUUCAAACGCAGGAAAACCAUCAAAACUGCACAAAAGGAAACAUCAAAUCAGUUCAUUGUACUAUGACAUGAGACAGAAAGAGAUGGAGCUUGCUGAGAGACGGGCCAAGGGGCACCUUACCAAAGCUGAAACCCAGGCCAAAUAUGGGUGGUGAACUAAUUCCUCAUUUUUGCCAAAACUUCAAAAGUGUAACUUUGUUAACCAAAUUUUAAGUGAUGAAUAUUUAAUUUGAAAAUUUGUUUCAUGCGGGCUGGACCGUUUUUCUACA